GCAUAUCGGAACUUGGAAUGUCAAAGCCUUUAUCGAAAACAAAUUCGAUCAAUUCUUCUCUUGAUUCAACAAUCAUAGACUUGGGGAUAGGAAUUUUAUCACCGGAUGUAUCUGUGCCGAGUUUAUAUAGCCACUCUUUAAACUGUAUCUCAGAUGGCUGUAGACGCAUAUUCUGUGUAAGACGAGUCUUAUGAAACAUAGGAUAAAGAUUGGAGAUCUGAAGGCAAACUGCCACUUGAGCUUCGGGUGAACGGGAAUUUUUAACAACAGGAAGCGAUUGUUUCCAAUCACCGGAAAUGAUAACAACCUUUCCUGCAAAAGGCAAAUGCUGAUUUUUGGGUACCAUUAUACGGCAGAGUUUAUCGACAUUUUCAAGAACAGUCUUUUCAAGCAUGGUAAUUUCAUCGACAAUUAUAAGGUUACUUUCAAUUAUACGACGACCAAAAUAACUU